CAAAACGAGUGACAUGAUAAAGACAACGCUGUAUCAAUUGAACCCGGCGCGUUUGAUUGAGGAAAUAAAGAAGCGUCCAGGUUUAUACCGGACAGAGCAGCCCGCCGACCGGGAGGAAAAGCUGCAUCUGUGGAAGGAGGUCGGAGCCGCCAUAUACGACGACUGGGACAGUUUCAAUAAGGCAACUGCAUACGAUCGAGUCCUCCAGUUGCAAAGGAAAUGGCGCUCACUUCGGGACGCGUACAACAGGGAGCUGCGAGCUCGGCGCGCGGCGCCGCGUGGCAACCGACGCGUCUACAUAUACUUCAAACGUAUGAGUUUCCUCGGCGGCUUCGAGGGCAGCGUUAGUGAUGAUGACGACCAAGAUGGUAACCAGGUGAUAUUCAGCAACCAGACCGAAGAUCCUCUUUUUAGCAGUCACACAAGUCAUACGCCGAGACGAAAACGUCGAAAGAAAUCCAGCUCGGACGGAGAGCCGGCUCCAGAGGAGUUGGAGAUGCCGGUCUUCCCCGUAGAUAUAUCUGACGACGGAGACAGCGACAAGCUAUUUUUGCUCUCAUUUCUACCGGAAAUGAAGCAAUUACCGGCUAAUAUAAAGAUGUGGGCGAGGGCUCAGAUAGCGAAUGUUAUGCAGGAAGCCGUUAACUCACAUUUCAAUAAUUCGAUACCUGGCAGCAGUUCAGACAGAAAUGGAAUGGUGAAACAAAGGAGGGACAGUUCGGAAUAGAUUAAUGGUAACCAAAUACAAUAUCAUCAAGUGGAAAAUGGAAUCGACUUAGACUGCUGUUCUGUUCUAGUAAUGUGUGUCGUCGUUUUGUUAACAUACUUCUUGGUUUAUUAUCAAAGGAGUCCUAUUGAAGUUUAGGAUUCCUGUUUAAGUACGUUAAAGAUAGUCAUUGUUGUGAAGCGUAUUAAACUGUUUCUCUAAUGGCUUGUUAACUUUAUUUCAAGACUAUUUCUAUUAUAAAUUACUAUUAUAUUGUACCUUAUUAUAAUGUAAGUAAGUAUAACAAAGAAACUAAGAUGCAUUUAUAAUAAAUAGUACUUAAAAGAUUAAAGAUUUGUUUUGUUUUUAUAUUAAACUUUACUUUAACUAUUAACUUGAAUAUUUUAAACGUUAUUACUUGUAACCAAUUAUUACAAAUAUUUUAAAGAAAUAAGAAAAAAUAGUGUCGGUAUAUACAUAUAUUGAUGACGUAGCGUGAUUUAACGCUUUUAUAGAAUAGGAAGGUGGACGAGCAUAUGGGCAACCUGAUGGUAAGUGGUCACCAAACGCCCUUAGACAUUGGCAUUGCAAGAAAUGUCAACCAUCGCUUAUAGCCAAUGCGCCACCAACCUUGGGAACUAAGAUUUUAUGUCCCUUGUGCCUGUAAUUACACUGGCUCACUCACCCUUCAAACCGGAACACAACAAUAUCAAGUAUUGCUGUUUUGCGGUAGAAUAUCUGAUGAGUGGGUGGUACCUACCCAGACGAGCUUGCACAAAGCCCUACCACCAGUAAAUAAGCUUAUAUUUAUACACAUUAUUAUUAUUCAUAUAAGUUUGUUAGAUAUGUCCGUUCAAAGUUUUUGAAUAUCUUAUGUAA